CUCAAGACAAUCCUACCGCUGAAAAUAGCUACUCUCGGCCAAAAACUUUUUUUCUUUUAUUCAUUCCAAUUUUCAUUGCACAGCGAAGAAAACUUUCAGAUUCGGCUCUGCAGGUUCGGACGCCGUUCCAAACACUGUGAAAAGCACGUCAGCAGAGCUAUUGGUUGGCGAAAUUGUCGAACCAUUCUUGUUCCUGGUAAGGCAUGAGGAUCUGCGGCUUAAGAUAUUCCGCACAUACUGCACUGUUGCGGGGAAAAUCGCUGAGCUUCGCAAACACCUUUAUUUACCGACAAGUCAUCAAUCAGGCUUGUUGGACAUCUUUGGUGCUAUUUGGCAGCCAAGAAAACGGCACAAGAAGGUUUUCUUCGAGCCCGUGUCCAAUGGCUCCAGCUCGAAUCAUCGAUGGUUCUGCCAUCGCCAAAGCCAUCCGACAGAAGCUCAACGCUCAGAUCGAGGAAAAGCAAAGGACAAACCCCAGGUACAAGCCUUCAUUGGUCAUUAUACAAGUUGGAGAUAGACCGGACUCGACAACGUACGUUCGCAUGAAAGAAAAAGCUGCACAGGAAGCAAACAUUUCCUGCAAGAUCGAAAAGUUCUCACAGGAGGUCUCGGAAGCCGAGCUGCUUCAACGUAUCACGGAGCUCAACAAUGAUCCUUCUGUGCAUGGCAUCUUGGUUCAGCUACCGCUCCCCAAGACUAUCUCGGAGCAUAGCAUAACCUCAGCCGUCUCUGCAUACAAAGACGUUGAUGGAUUCGGCAUUACAAGCAUCGGCGAGCUGGCCAAAAAGGGCGGAAAACCAUUGUUCACGCCCUGUACCCCGAAAGGUGUCAUGAUUUUGUUGAAGGAGACGGGUGUGGAUCUCAAGGGAAAACAUGCGGUUGUCCUUGGACGAAGCGACAUCGUCGGUAGCCCCGUUAGCUACCUGCUAAAAAACGCCGAUGCGACAGUGACGGUAUGUCAUUCACGAACGCAAAAUCUACCGGACAUAGUCAGGACUGCCGACGUACUUGUUGCUGCCAUUGGCCGGCCAUCGUUCGUCAAAGGCACGUGGUUAAAAGAUGGUGCUGUCGUUAUUGAUGUUGGCACAAAUUAUAUCGAAGACUCUUCGAAGAAGUCGGGUCAAAGGCUCGUCGGUGAUGUAGACUUCGAAUCGGCAUCCAAGGUGGCAGGCUACAUAACACCUGUGCCGGGAGGGGUAGGCCCGAUGACCGUAGCUAUGCUUCUUCAUAAUGUCGUAGAGUCCACAGACGCAUACUUCGAACGUCAGAAAGCACGGCGCAUUACUCCUCUCCCUCUGAAGCUUGAAACACCAGUUCCAUCUGACAUCGCUAUCUCCAGAAGGCAGCACCCAAAACAUAUCACAAAGAUAGCAGAAGAAGUUGGAAUUCUGCCACAUGAACUUGAACAAUAUGGCGCAACAAAAGCAAAGGUUUCGCUUGAUGUACUCAAACGGCUGGAGCACAGAAGGAAUGGCCAUUAUGUGGUUGUCACGGGUAUCACACCUACACCCUUGGGAGAAGGGAAGUCAACAACUACCAUGGGUCUAUCGCAGGCACUAGCAGGGCAUCUAGGAAAAAUUUGCUUCGCAAACGUUCGUCAACCUAGUCAAGGCCCUACAUUCGGCAUCAAGGGGGGUGCUGCUGGCGGUGGUUAUUCUCAGGUUAUCCCCAUGGACGAAUUCAAUUUACAUUUAACUGGAGAUAUUCACGCGAUCACCGCAGCAAACAACUUGCUCGCAGCAGCAAUCGAUACCCGGAUGUUCCAUGAAAACACUCAAAAGGAUGCCGCGCUUUAUCGUAGACUGGUACCAAUAAAGGGUGGCAAGCGUGAAUUUGCACCUGUCAUGUUCAAACGAUUGAAAAAGCUGGGCAUCGAAAAGACUGAUCCUGAUAAGCUUACUGAGGAUGAGAUCGGUAGAUUUGCACGACUAGAUAUCGAUCCGGAUACCAUCACUUGGCGGAGGGUUCUUGAUGUCAAUGAUCGAUUUUUGCGAGGCAUUACAAUUGGACAAGCACCCACUGAAAAAGGGAUGACAAGAGAGACUGGUUUUGACAUUUCCGUCGCUAGUGAGAUAAUGGCUGUGCUGGCUCUUUCAACAUCGCUAGGCGACAUGCGUGACCGUCUUGGGCGCAUGGUUGUGGCAUCAUCGAAAGCUGGUGAUCCCGUCACCGCUGAUGAUAUCGGUAUCGGUGGCGCGUUGACAGCGCUAAUGAGAGACGCCAUCAAACCAAAUCUUAUGCAAUCUCUUGAGGGCACUCCAGUUUUCGUCCACGCAGGUCCAUUCGCCAAUAUCUCGAUCGGGAACUCUUCUGUUCUUGCCGAUCGAAUUGCACUAAAGCUUGCCGGAACCGAGAGCGAUGAGAAUCACGAGGAAAAGGCUGGGUUCGUAGUCACUGAAGCUGGCUUUGAUUUCACAAUGGGGGGUGAGCGCUUUUUCAAUAUCAAAUGUCGCGCCUCUGGUCUUAUACCUGAUGUCAUUGUGGUGGUUGCCACUGUUCGUGCGCUAAAGGUGCACGGAGGAGGGCCAGACAUCUCGCCUGGCGCCCAGCUCCAUGAAAUUUAUCGCACGGAAAAUAUUGACAUCCUUCGCAAGGGUUGUGUGAAUCUCAAGAAGCACAUUGAAAACGCAAAGAGCUUCGGAGUUCCUGUUGUUGUAGCGAUUAAUCGCUUCCACACUGACACGGAUGCUGAGAUUCAGGUCAUCAAGGAAGAGGCAUUGGCAGCUGGAGCUGAAGAUGCUAUUCCAGCAGAACACUUCGCACAGGGUGGCGUUGGAGCUGUUCAGCUUGGCAAAGGCGUCAUCAAAGCUGCAAAACUACCGAAGCAAGACUUCAAGCUCCUUUAUGAGACUGAAGGAAACACAGUGUUUGACCGUAUCGACGCCAUCGCAAGAAAGUUCUACGGUGCGGAAAAGGUAGAAUUUUCCGAGUUAGCGCAGAAGAAGGUCGAUACCUACGUCAAGCAAGGCUACGGCAACCUACCAGUCUGCAUCGCCAAGACGCAGUACUCGCUCAGUCACGAUCCCGCGCUGAAAGGUGCCCCAACAGGCUUCACCAUACCUGUAAGGGACGUUCGUAUGGCGGCUGGAGCAGGUUAUCUCUAUGCUCUGGCCGCUGAUAUUCAGACUAUUCCGGGGCUUCCCACCGCACCUGGCUAUCUUAAUGUAGAUAUCGACCCCGAGUCUGGUGAAAUUGACGGAUUGUUCUAGGGUGAGACACAGUCGCUGCUAGACACCCAAACUGAGCAUGGAUGCAGCGUUUGACUGUGAGUGUGUGUGAGAGGAUUCCGGAGUUUAGAGAAAGCGCUAUAAAAAAGGGCAUGCAGCUCAAAGAGUCACUUAACGUGGAAUGAUAGACGGAACCAUUAGGUAGCAAUGAUGAAGGAAUGCCUACUUCAACUAAGGCAUCGAAGAAAUAUCCACAUUCUAUAUUGAGCUCGGCUAGUUAGGUCUCCUUUUCAUAAUCACCUGCGUCGGCAGUUUGAGUCUCUUUCGGCGAUCACGUAAUUUUAUUUCCUGGAAAGAGCAAAAUUGGCCCUUAUUAUCUAAAGUUUCAAGCUGAUCUGGAGUCAGAUUACGUUGUAAAUGGCCAUUGGUAACUUACGAAGCAAC